AUGACUCGUCAUAUGAAUGAAUCUUUUCAGCUUGAGUACCUGAAUGAAGAAGACCCUAGAAGAUUGUGGGUCUCACUCGAAGAGCGCUUUGGGAUCGCCCGUGAUUCACUACUUCCAGAUUUAGAAGUGAGAUGGCAUAACCUCUGCUUCUGUGAUUUGAAGUCAGUUCUUGGCUGCAAGUUGGAAGCCCUUCGCAUCAAAUCCCUGAUGGAUUCAUGUGGUAAAGACAUCACAGAUGCGAUGCUGAUUGAGAGAACUCUCUCCACCUUCCCAGUCUCUGCACUGAUGGUUGCUAUGAACUAUCAGAUUGAAGUUAAUACAAGACGUAUCACAAGGUUUCAUAUGCUCAUAGGAGCUAUGUCUAUUGCUAAAAAGACAACAUCCUGGUGA